AAAUUACAUGAACAUAAAACGAUAAAAAAUGUAAAUACGUCAAAUUAAAAAACGGACAGAGCAUAAACUGUUGUAGUAGUACAUAUGGAAGUACUCGAAAAAUUCAAAAAUGAGAAAUUGGAAUUUAAGUAAGGAAAAUUAUUAAAAUUAUACCUAGAAGUUACUUCAAAAGAGGUAUUUUAAACGUAUCUUAAUUUAAGAAAUGGUAAGUUAAUAACUGAAAAUAUUAAAAGCAGGAAACAAAAAAUUCGAUGGAAUAAAUGAGUGGAAGGACAUAAAAAUUUUUCUGAAAAGUAGAAAUAUAGUUUGAAAAAUGAAUGGAAGACAGAAUAAGCUUACAUAAAAAACAAUGAAAAACUAAAAGAGAAUAUCCUAAAUGAAAUUGGAAGUGUUCCAUUCCUAGAUAGGAAAAAAGCUUCGGGCAUGCAGUGGAUAUCAAGUAAGGACAUGAUUGUAGAAAGGUAUUUGAAAUAGGACUGAUAUAAGAUAUUGACAGAGGUAUAUCAAAAUAUGUUGGAUAAAAAUGAAAAUGAAGAAAAUAAAGAUGAUUAACCAUUAAAAAAUGUAAAAGAAUUGUAGAAUAAAGUAAGUGAUGAAGAAAUAUAUUAGAAAAAACUUAUAAUUGUACAUUUGAUAGCACUAGAAGAAUAUGAAAAAUAAAAUUAUAUAGAAAAUAGUGUGUCGUACGUGCACAAUUGCAUGAAUGAAUCCUAGAAAAAAGGAAGCGUAUAUAAAGAAUAACAGAUACAAAGAAAUAUCAUUGGUUCUAUUAUUUACGUUUAG